UUCCUUUCUCGCUCUUCGGCCAUCUUGGCGGCUGCAGUGGGUGAGUAGGCUCCUCCGUACCGAGGUUUAGGCCACGCGGGGAGUACAGGGAGUUGCCGUUUGGAGCUUCGGAUCCUAAACUUCCUGUCUUAUCCUCUGUGUUCUAGGCUGGGGGCGUCCCGCGCCUAACGCAGGAAGAUGGUGGCCGCAAAGAAAACGAAAAAGUCACUGGAGUCGAUCAACUCUAGGCUCCAACUGGUUAUGAAAAGUGGAAAGUACGUGCUGGGGUACAAGCAGACUCUGAAAAUGAUCCGACACGGCAAAGCGAAACUGGUCAUCCUCGCCAACAACUGCCCAGCCUUGAGGAAAUCUGAAAUAGAGUAUUAUGCCAUGUUGGCCAAAACUGGUGUCCAUCACUACAGUGGCAAUAAUAUUGAAUUGGGCACAGCAUGUGGAAAAUACUACAGAGUAUGCACACUUGCUAUCAUUGAUCCAGGUGAUUCAGAUAUCAUUAGAAGCAUGCCAGAACAGACUGGUGAAAAGUAAAUCAUGCACAAUUUUUCUUUAAUAAAACUGGCCAGAGCUUGUUUUAAAAAUAC